CGGCCCCGGUCGCGCCUGCUGUUCCUGCUGGCACGGUGCAGCCUGCAGGUCGCAGCUUCCUUCUGCGCUCGGCCUGCGGUCUGCCCGAUCCACCCCCGGGCGGCACCCGAGCAUCUGUUUGGCCGUUCUGAUCGUCGACAUGACCGAUCACGUCGGACAACUGCCACCACAAUGCGAGACGCUUCUCAGACGCAGCCAGCGUUUGUCUCGAUCGACUCGAUCGACCGCCAGCCCGCAUCUCAUCAAACAUCCGCCCGCAAACAGCGUUCUCCCCGCCUUCCGCGCGCCUGA